AUGAUGCAGGAGUUCCACGCGUUCUCGGUGUCUCCAAACAAGGAGCACAGGCUGGAGAUCCCGGAGGGGUGCGGCUUCCACCUCUCUGUCGUUUCGCUGCCGCGAGGCACCAACGGCAAGUCGACGGUUUACGUGUCCGUGGAUGGCAAGUCGUACGCGCUGGUGUCUCUCGACUCUCAGCAGAACGUCCUUCAGGCACCUACCGACCUCAUCUUCAACUACCAGCAGCAGGUCACCUUCUUCGCGAAGGGCUCGGCGACGGUGCACUGCGUCGGCUACCGCCAGGAACUGGACCUCAGUGACGACGACGAUGCGCCGUUCGCCAUGGAGAGGGGCAGCGAUGACGACACCGGCGACGCUACUAAGGCGGCGGUAAAGUUGCCGGCCGAUGCCAUCACGGAUGCUGAGGCGGCAAAGAGGAAGUCCGCUGCCGCCGCUGAGAGCGUCUCCGAGGAUGAGGAGGAUGACGAGGAGCUGACCGACAGCGCCGAGGACGCGUCUGCAGAUGCGGCGUCCGAUGAAGGGGCUGACGGAGAAGAAAUGGACGAGGACGAGGACGAGGAGAAUGAUGAGGAGGAGGACGACGAUGACAUCGACAGCGACAUUGCCAAUGAGCCGAAGGGGAUGCAGACCCGUAACGUUGACCCCACUGCCCCUUCUUCGGAGGAUGAGGAGGAUGUCACCGAUGAUAACGAUGACGAAGAGAGCGAUGAAGAGAUGGACAGUGAUGACCUCGCUGCGAUGGAAGAGGACGAGGAGGACGUCGAUGAAGAUGACGAGGAGGAGGCGGAGCCGCCGAUGAAGGCGGUACGCUCAGAGGGUCGUCCCAGCGGUGGCUCUCCGCAGGCUCGCCUGAGCGCUGGAGGCUCGCCGAAGGGCUACAAGAACGGUAGCGGCUCUCCGCAGGGUCACAAGAACGGUAGUGGCUCUCCGCAGGGCCGCCCGAGUGCUGGAGGCUCGCCGCAGGGCCACAAGAACGGUAGCGGCUCUCCGCAGGGCCGCCCGAGUGCUGGAGGCUCGCCGCAGGGCCACAAGAACGGUAGCGGCUCUUUGCAGGGCCGCUCUAACGGAGGCUCUCCGCAGGGCCGCCGCAGCUGUUAA